ACGCUGGAUGGCAAAAAGGAGGAACACCAAGGAAAAGUUGUCUCUCGCUCGCGUAUCUGCCAGUGGUGAAAAUUUCGUAGUUUUCCAAGUGAAAAAUCGCUGUGUAACCGCUGCAGGAUGAGCGAUUUCCUCAAGUCAGCGAUUAACUACUUCAACACAGGUCCAGCCUGCGGGCAGGAUAACGACUUCGUCGGCCAGAUAGUGGAAAUUGCGAAUGUCAAGCUGCGAAUCAAACGUGUUAUUGCCGAAGGUGGCUUUGCGUACGUUUAUGUUGCACAGGAUGUUCAGAGUGGCAAUGAGUACGCCCUGAAGCGGUUGCUGGGAGCCGAUAAAGAGGAAUGCAACAACAUCAUUCGAGAGAUUAAUAUGCUCAAACAGGUGUCAGGUCAUCCGAACAUUAUAAAGUUCAUAGCGGCUACUUUUAUCGAUCGCACCCAGAAUGCUACAGCUAAGCGGGCUGAGUAUCUUUUGGUUACGGAGCUGUGCAAAGGUGGUUCGCUUUAUGAUUGCUUAGAGAGGGAGUUGGCGCCGGACACGGUGCUGCGGGUGUUUUAUCAAUCCUGUAAAGCUGUAGCCCAUUUACAUGCGCAACCCGUUCCGAUCAUUCAUCGCGACAUUAAGAUUGAAAAUUUCCUCAUCGGUGGCGAUGGCCAGCUAAAGUUGUGUGAUUUUGGUUCAGCUUCAACUGACACGUACGCACCGGACGUUAGUUGGAAUGCUCACCAGAGGGAUUCGCUAGAAGAUUUGUUGGGGCGGUGUACAACUCCGAUGUAUCGUUCUCCGGAACAGUUGGACACCUGGGCUAACUACCCGAUUGGUAUCAAAACGGACAUAUGGGCCCUAGGAUGCGUACUGUUCUGUCUUUGCUACCGAAAACAUCCGUUCGAAGAUUCUGCCAAGUUGCGGAUAAUCAACGCAAAUUACACAAUACCAAAUGAUUCGCGGUAUAUGUGCUUCAAUGAGAUUAUAAAGGGUUGCCUACAGGUCGAUCCAACAAAACGGUACGACAUAGUGAUGGUGCUGGAUCGAUUAGCGGCAAUAUCAGAAUCGAAGGGAUGGCCAUUAAAAGCACCACUUGGACUGAAUGGAAAACCACUAAAUACUCCUCCAAGUGGACCGUCUCCAAAUCCGAGCCCAAUGCAUCUACCGGACGUUGCACCGGUUUCGCAAUGUGUCCCUCCUCAACGUCCAGCUCCACCGCGACCGGCUCCAGUGGGAAGCAAUGCUGGACCACCUCUGGAACGGAAGAACCCUCAACGUCCUCCAGAUCCGGUGCGACCUCCUCCUCCGGUAGUAGCACCUGCCGUUCAUCACUAUCCUCAUCAACCGCCUAUUGGGGUCCAUGGCGGAGGAGGUCUGUUUUCCUCAAUCAAAGGAGGAGCUGGAAGUUUUCUGAAAAAUCUUAAGGAUACCUCUUCGAAAGUAAUGCAAACGGUUCAACAAAGUAUCGCUCGAACGGAUUUGGAUAUUAGCUAUAUCACACAAAGGAUUUUAGUUAUGCCUUGUCCCUCGGAAGGGCUAGAAUCGACUUAUAGAACCAAUCACAUCGAAGAUGUUAAAAUAUACCUGGAAAGCCGGUACCUUCCAACAAAAAUCAGUAUCUACAAUCUGGGUCCUCGCAGCUGCCCACGCUUGCCACCACCGGUUCGCACCGUUGAAGGAAGUUUCAUCUACUCACCCGUGCCGCUGUCCUACAAGGCACCACAUUUGGCUGGUUUGUAUGCAUUGGCGGAGGACAUGUACGGUUUCUUGAAUGCGGAUCCGAAGACGGUGAUAGUUAUUCAAAGUCCUGAUGCUGGAAAGGCACUAGCGGCCACUAUGGUCUGCGCCCUGCUGGUAUACAGCCAGCUGGUUACGGAACCCGAAGACGCUAUGCAGAUCUUCGCAGUCAAAAGAAUUCCACCAAAUAUGAGAGCUUCCGAGCUGCGGUAUUUGUACUAUUUGGGUGAUUUGGUCCGUUCAGUGCCGCACUUGCCACACUAUAAUCCGGUUACACUGGUUUCUGUUACUGCUAGUCCUGUUCCCAGAAUGACAAAAGCUCGUGAUGGCUGUCGAGUGUACAUCGAAGUUGCGGCAGGUGAUCGCAUUGUUUUCAGUACUCUCACCGAUUAUGACCGAAUGCGGUUAUACGCCGCUACCGAGGGUAAACUUUGCCUCACAUUGAAUGUGACAGUGUGUGGUGAUGUUACGGUAACCCUGUAUCACGCUCGCAAUGCCCUCGGAGGUAUGGGCCGCCCACAAGGUUUGAAAAUUUGUCAAUUCCAGCUAAACACCGGUUACAUCCCGGAAGAAGAAACGCUCAUCAAUUUCACCAAAGCAGAGCUAGAUGACAUUCCGGACGUGGAACACGUCCCGCACGGUUUUAACGUAGCUCUAUCGGUCUUUGUUGGAGACUCUGAGCGGCCUCCUUCGACUCAACCUCCAUGGACACCGGCAAAAGCACCUAGGGAUCCUAAGAUCCUAUUCGCUUCCCAACUUGAGUACGAAGAAAAUGUGGACAAUUUCAUUUCGAAACCAACUUCCAAAACACCAUCGGCUCCACAUCGACCACCUCCGCGUCCAGCUCCUCCGUCUCCACAACCGCCUGGGUCAAAUCAAGCUCCGGAUACACUCAUCGAGGAGACCUCCACAGCUCAGAACGAUGCCGAUUUACUGAACCUUAGCAAUGCUAGUCAAAACAAUCCCGAACAAUCACAACCUUCUACAGAGGAUGCUAGUUUUGAUCUGCUCGCAGGUUUCGCUCCACCAGUCAUUGAAGAUGAUCAAACUAAAACUAGCACUCAACCGCCAGCAGGUUUGGAUGAUAUCUUCGGCAACAUCGAUGGCGGAACCAGCGGUGGUCCGGUACCACUGCAAACCACCAAAUCGAAUACCGACCUGAACGGGCUUAAUCUUAACUUUGACAAUUUCGGUGGUGUCGCAAAACCAGCCGCUCCGAAUGACACUGCCCCGAACGGAGUAAACAAUCAAUACAACAAUAGCUUCGGAUUCGAUCCGUUCGCUGGAAUCAGUGCUAGUGCAUUCCACAGCAGUCAUCAGCCGCAGCAACCACAAGCUCAGCAGUCCCAACCGACUAGUAAAGAUCCGUUUGCUGACAUUGGAAACCUUGCAUCCAAUCUGGGUGCUGGAGGUUGGGGUAAGCCUGGUGCUGUGCCGACUACAACUCCCAGUCCGCGAUCUACGCAGUUUUCUAGUCCAACGCAUCAAUACAGCGGGGCCAGCACAGCAAAUGCCUCACCCAGGGCUCCUUCAACUCCGAACCAUCAAAUGCGCAGUCCGAAUGAACCACAGCGACCGGACUACAGUCGGUCCCAUUUUGAAGCGCCGAAAUCAGCGGGUGCCAGUAAUGGAUCGAAUGGGGCACCGAAGGAUAAGUCCGGCGAUAUCUUUGGCGAUAUUUUGGGCUCUCAGGGGUACUCGUUCGCUACAGGGAAAAAUCAUGGUCCACGGACGAUCAACGAUAUGCGGAAGGAGGAACAGGUUAAAGAAAUGGAUCCCGAGCGGCUCAAGCUGAUGGAAUGGACCGAAGGAAAGAAGAGUAACAUUCGAGCGUUGCUUUGUACAGUACACACGGUUGUUUGGCCAGGAGCCAAGUGGACGAAAUGCGAAAUGCACCAACUGGUCAGUGCUGCUGAUGUGAAGAAAAUGUAUCGGAAGGCUUGCUUGGCCGUACAUCCGGACAAACACACCGGCACCGAAAACGAAAGCAUGGCCAAGCUUAUAUUCAUGGAGUUAAACAAUGCCUGGAGCGAGUUCGAGAAUGACGCCACACAGCAGAAUUUAUUCGCCAACUAAGUGAUAUUGACUGCUAGUGGGUUCGUACUAAUUCCAUCAAUUUCGUGCACAUUCAAGUCACAACCACAAAUCUGCUGCUACAGUUUUAAUGAUGUGACGUUCCGUGGAUUAUAUACACCAGUGAGUACCGACAUUCAUUACUGGACGAUACAAAGCUGUGGCAUCAGAUUUCAUAAAUUGUUUAACCUGUUAUCGCUCUGCAGCUGCCGAUGUAGCUGCUAAUGUUAAUUCGUUCUUACGCUUGCUUAAGGUAACAAAGCGAUUUCGAGUGACGUGUAACAUCAGAAUUGAAUGUGAUUACCUAUCACAUAAAGGGAUACACAACCGGGCUGGGUAGGAUUGCAGAUAAAAUGAUCGAGAAACUGAGGAGCUGAUCACAUAGUUGUGUUGCAUUUAAAGCGCCCUCAAUUUACGGCGACAUUUGGUACACUUAAUCGGAAGAUAUUAGAUAUUUUUACUCGUCAAUUACAUGUUAUAAUAUGUGCUCUGAUGACAACAACAGACGACUUGAAGCCGAUCGAAAGUUGUUAGCACGAACCAUGAUGCUAUUUUUUUAAUACAUUUCCGGUUUUUAUUGUCCUUUUUUGUCGUAUGAGCUGUCUAGCUCUUUAGGUUCUGAAAUAAAGGGUAAUCGUAUUAUAAAAUUUUCAUAGUGCUAACUUCUAUGAUACGGUGUGAAAGUAGAGGAUAUUAGCACCGACGAAAUAUUAGUGCAAGAACGAUCCAACUAACUUGUUUCGGGAUAAAUCGAAGCCAUUAAUAUAGAAUUUUAUAUCUAAUUUCAACGGACUUUUAACAUUCUAUUUUUGCGAAUGCAUACUGGGUGUUUACAGUGCGCAAUUCCACUAGUUUACACACCGGUCUGAAAAUCUAGCGGCUGCUCGUUUAGUGAGCCGCUGACAGCUUCUCACCCGAAUUCUUCUCCAUACCGUACAAAACAUCCACUAAAAUUUUCCGCUUCGUGAUAGUAGCAAAUUUCUUUGAGCUACAACAGCUUUCAGAUGAGAUUUCAUGAUGAUGAAAUUUAUUGCUUUCCUUGUCUUUUUACAUGCUUAGGUUAUGUUGGUUGUCUUCUAUUAUCAAAGUGACAUAAGCUCGUGCUUUUGUAUCACCUUGCGUUCGUUUCGAUGUGACCGCUGCUGACUUGACUUCUGGCUCUACGUAUUUUUACGUACCUUGCCACGUCAUCGGAAUCUGCACCUUGAAAGCCAAUGACAGAUAGUUUUGGUUAUCCAACCGGAUGACGUCCAUGUUUGAGAAAUCCAUUUCUCCUCCAGCAAGUUUUUUGGACGCACUCACUUCGAUGCCACCCAAUAAUAUAUGAUUUUUACCCAUCCCGGGGUUGGGGUUCGGGAUCAAUCAAAAACGGCAUAAGCGAAAAUCUCGGGAAACGAGGGCUCAAUAGACGUGUGGACGCGAUUUCAACUUUUUCGACAUACCUAAUAUUGAUUCGAAUCAUUCUUUGUCUCGACUAAUUAAUUUUAUUUUCUUCCGGGUCAUCACAAUGUCGAUAUCAGUAAGUUAGUUCAACUUUAUAAAACAUUUUAACUGCGUGUCCAAAAUUCGUGAUGCACUAGAAGAGGGAGAUUAAAGAAAUGGUUCACAUAUGGAGAAGAAAGGUUGGGAAAUCUUCGUCUGACACAAUUUAUAAAUGACCCUGAUUAAUAAACUGAUGCUUGAGUUCUUGUAAAUUAGGCCGAUCUUGCUCUGACCUUCCCGCAAACUUGGAUGAGAAUGCUUACGCUUUGCAACCCUUAGAUUCACCUUAUUCCUUUGAACUUUUUUCAACUAGACAAGAGAAUUGAAUUGGUCUUUUAAAACAAUUUAUUUUUUUUUUGUACUCGAUCGGUUCAAAUUGGUGUCCUAACGUAUCUUCUAUCAGAGGGCUACUGUUAUUUUUUGUAAUGAUUGAACCUUUUUGAACAUCUUCGAAUCAUGCAUUUGAGAAAACUCGACAUCCCAGAUUAGAAAAGAGAAAUCCUACAUCUCAUUUGCUGAACCGUCGUCGGCAACAUUGAGCCAGCUUCUCAAACAACAUUUGCACACGCUUGGCUUCACAUUUAAAUCGCUACUUAACAAUGCUAAACCAGAAAUUUGGAGUUGUACUAAAUAGGAAACAAGCAGCAUCCAGCAACAAUCAGACCCACAACACAAUACGAUCUAUGUAUCUAUCUAUACCUUUGAUGUUGAAACCUUAUAGCGCCGUCAGGUGAAAGCAACCAAUCCUAGUAAGCCAUGUAGUACCCUUUCUUAAGCUGAUCCCGUAUCGUAAAUUAGCCAGUGUAUAAAAUGCAUAUUAAUACUAUUACUACUAAACCGUUGUUGAUUGUGAAUGUAUGAAAUUAUCGAGUAGUUUAGCAGAAACGUAAUAACAAAACACAAAAGCAAAAACAAAUUAUUACAUGAAUCAGGAUUCUGUUCGAAUAUAGGGAUGGGGGUUUCUAGCAAAGCGACGAAAACUGUGAUGGAAAAUUUAAUUCGAAUGCCCGUGCGAGAUAGUGUCGUGUUGAAGCGAAAAGAAUUGAUUUUCUAUUUAGUUGUUUAAUUUAAAACGAUUGUUUGGUCUAUUGCGUAUAAUAGGCAAUAGAGAACACUGAUGAACUGAUUCUUACGGUUUAUUUACAACGAUUUGUUCGUUUCCACUGCACAAAUUAUUUCUUUCCAUUCAAAUUUUGCAGGGACAAAUAGCUUGUGCAUAUUUUAUUUCAUAUCUGCUUUCGAACCCUUUACCUUUAGUUAAGCUGUAUGACUUACGAAAAAGAAAUAUUUGCAAUAUUAUAUUUGAAUUAGUUUUAAAGUUGAAGCGAGCAUUCCUACGUUUCCAGUUCUAUAACGGUUUAAGAGGCUGACGAAAAAGCUUUGUAUUUUUUUGCGUUUGACUGUUUAACUUAAAAAUCGCAUUUCGUUGGGAAUGACG